AUGGACGGCAAGAAGCCCAUCCGUGAAGUUGCCGUGGAGAGCUCGCCGAAGAAAGUGCCUCGUCGCUUUUGCAGGUUCGGACGUGGUCGAGGAUGUAACUGCUGUGGAGUCGACCUUGCAGAGCUUGGGCUGGUCAGUGCAACCUCCGUCAACCACAAGUGGCAUCAGGAUGCCAGCCGGACUGAGCCCUUUUUGUCGCACUGCUGCACCUCCUGGAGCGGGAUGCCCUAUGUCGAUGUUCAUUGCCAUCUCGAAGAUGUCGUCCAAGAGAUCCGGCGGCGUCAAGCUGUCCCAAGCUUGAACAAGGAGCCUGGGGACUUGACAGACGAGGAGCUCGCAUUGUGGACGGAGCUUGGAUGGAUGGAGGUCGAAAAUACGGAGGCAGCGGCUCCAGGACGCCACUGGACGCAAACCUGGGGACAGCUAUCAGUGAGCCAGAGGAAUGCAGCUUCGUCCUUGGGGUACACAGAGACGAGCUGGAACAGGAACAAGUGGCUCCUACCACGCUUGUCGUGGGAAGAGUUGGAGACGAAAACACGAUCCCUACUCAUGGUUCUGGGGGAGACCCAGAGAUCUUGGGAUGGCUGGAGCACGCAGUCUUGGAAGACGCAGAGCGUGGACUCAGGUGAGGCGCGCCAUCUGGCGAGGAUGCGAGCGCUGAAUGAAGACCGGCCGUGGACAGAGCUGACGCCGAGCCAGAGGACAGCAGCCGCAGCUCUCGGGUUCACGAAGGAGAUCUGGAUGCUUGAGGAUAUAGCAGAUUUGCACACUGUGGUGGAAGUGCACUUUGGAGCAGGCUUCGAAGGUUGCAUCACACAAGGAUGCGACGUCGAAUCCCUCCCCAUGGCGAAGCACCUGGCACUGAGCCACCCGAUGGUAUUCGUUACCUUCGGUUGCCACCCGAAGGCGGCAUGGUUCUACACCGAUGACUUCGAGGCCACUCUGCUGUCCUACAUCAAAGCCUGUGGUGAGAAAGUGGUUGGCUUCGGCGAGUUUGGACUGGACUUCUCCCAUCCCUACUUCGGGCCGAAUGAGGAUAAUCGCCAACAGCAACGGCAGGUCUUCGUGAGACAGCUGGAGCUUGCGGUUUCGCUGUCGAUGCCUCUGGUGAUCCACAGCCGAGACGCUGACGCGGAUACGCUGCAGCUGAUGCGCGGAAGAGUUCCAAAAGCUCACAAGGUUCAUGUGCACGCCCACCGCGGCAGCAUCAGCUUCAUGAAGCAGCUGCUCGCAGAGUGGAGCCAGCUGUAUAUUGGAAUGCCAGGAAUUCUGACUAUGGAGGAUGCGCAUGCUAAGGAGCUCGUUCGACAGUGCCCGUUGGAAAGAAUGGUUGUUGAGACUGACGCACCCUACCUUCCCGUUCAAGGCCACUGGUUAAGCCAUCCUGGCCUCAUACCAGAAGUGAUAGCCAAAGUUGCUGAGCUGAAAGGUAUGGACCUUCGUCGCGUUGCGACGGCGCUUCGUGCGAAUGCGACUGCUUUGUACGGCAUCUAG